UUGCAGGAUCGCCAGUCAAAAUUCCGCAUAGGACAUCACCUAUCCGACAUUAUCGCCGGUCGGAGCGAGUUAUUUGGCGAUGUGAGGUUGGGUAUCCAUGUGAAGAAUGAGAACGAAGUGCUGCACUCUCCUCUCGUCUGGGAUGGUGAGCUACACUUGGAUCAUCUAAAUGACCUCAUCUUUAUGAACACGCGGGCACUAGAAACAGAGCGUGGUCUCGUGUAUCAGUUACAACAACAGCAGCCCUUCAGUGAGGGUCAGUUUGUCGCUGUACAGCUCAAUUUGUGGACUAAGGCAGACAUUCAAAUAGCGUUUAGAUAUUUGCCGCCAUUUCAGCACGCCACACCAUGGUGCACAGUUGGACGAGGACUUUGA